CUUAGACGUUUCGUCGUUUCUUCAUGUAAUUCUCUCUGCGACAACAUGAACGGGUCAGCCACAUUCAGGAUUGUCCUGCUGGGGAAGAGCGGAAAUGGCAAGAGCAGCCUGGCUAACACCAUUUUUGGAGAAGCAAUUUUUCAAGUAAAAAAAAUUAACGACACAAACUCUUUUGCUUCCCACUCAAAAACCAAAAGUAUCAAUGGCAAAACCCUCACUUUGAUUGACACUCCCGGUUUGUUCGACUCGGGCAGGAGGUCUCAGAAGGAGGUCAAGUCUGCGUGGGAGACGUGUAUCAUAGAGUGCGCUCCGGGGCCUCAUGUCUUUCUGAUUCUUCUCAAGGUGGAGAGAUACACAGAGCAGGAGAAGGCUGUAGUCACCAAAAUAUUAGAGAAAUUCUCAGAUGAAGCCUUGAAGUACGCAGUGGUGAUCUUCACCCACGGUGACCAGCUGCCUGAAGGGAUGAAAAUAGAAGAGUAUGUGGACCAGAGUGACGGUCUGAGGGAACUGGUGGAGAAGUGUGGUGGUCGCUGCCAUGUCUUUGAUAACAGAUAUUGGAAGAACAACCAGGAAGAUGAUUACAGAAGCAACAAGUUCCAGGUGGCAGAGCUGCUCAGUACCAUAGACAAGAUGUUGAUGGAGAACAGAGGAGGGCUCUACACGAAUGUAGAGCUGAAUGAGGUGGAGAGAAAAAUACAAGAAGAGGCAAAGCUGAUCAAGAUGUCAUCAGAAAACCUGUCAGAGGAUGAGAUCAGACAACGGGCAAUUGUCAAAAUCCACAAGAAGUCUUUGGAGACAGGAACACAAAUACCCAUUAAAGUCAUCAUCGGUGUGGCAAUCUCAGGAAUAAUUGUAGCCAUCUCCGCUUGGUUCAUCAAAUCUAGGUUAGAACAGACAUUAGCAGAGAUAACACUAUCCAGCAGCAUGAUACCAAGUCAUGGUGCUGAAGAAUUGAUGGUUGAAACUUUAGAGGAAGUGGGGAAGGAAAUUACAGCUGUAAGCGUACCAACCCCAGCCAUCCCCAUAGGCCAGGAAGUUGAGCUGGAAUCAGCAGACGGAGUGGAAGGUAUACUGGAGUGGCUUACAAAUUUGUUUGAAGGAACAUAUGAUCCAUUUAAUCCAUUUGAAUAAACAGUAAAGGAGAUUUGAAUGUUAAAACUAGGAUUCUUCCUCAGCAUUGUCGUUUUUGUGCUAUGUAUUCAUGAAACUGGUGUUUUGGGUUCACUUUAUAUGUAAAUUCAGCAAAUUGAGUAAUUUUACAGUUUGGAGUGUUGUGCAGUCUAAUCUUCUUUGGAAAUGUUUUCACUGUAUAUUGAUUUUAAGGUAAAGCAAUCAUUUCCCCAGAUAUAUUUUAACA